CGCCUGUGCUCAUCCUCCCGCCGCCUGCCGCUGUCACUCCGGCCCCCUUAAGUAUUGGGGUUCCCGAGCUCUCGCAGCCAGCGGCAGCGAUGCAAAGCAGCAGGGCUCCGGCCAUCAGCGUCAGCGCGGAGAGCUGCAUCCCGGCCGGGCUGCGCCUGGGUCCUGUGCCGGGCACCUUCAAACUGGGCAAGUACCUGUCAGACCGCAAGGAGCCAGGACCCAAAAAAAAGGUGCGGAUGGUCAGAGGGGAAUUAGUGGAUGAAGCCGGGAGCUCGGCUCUGGAAUGGAUAGGGUUAAUCCGAGCUGCCCGAAACUCCCAAGAACAGACACUGGAGGCUGUUGCGGAUCUGCCAGGAGGACAGAUUUUCUACCGGGCGCUGCGAGAUGUCCAGCCGGGAGAGGAGCUCACCGUCUGGUACUCCAACCCUCUGGCGCAGUGGUUUGACAUCCCCGUCACGGCCACGCCGACGCACGACGAGAAAGGUACAGAUGCGGGCACUUAUUUCAGAGCAACCAAAUUAAAUGAAACAAAACAAACCCUCUUUAGCUGACACCUUUGACGAGAUCCCAAAUUGCGGUAGGCAAACGUGGGCCUUCGGAAAAAUAAAUGCCAGUACAGCUGCCGUGAAUUUAACCCACCACCAUUUAAACUAAGGCUCCAUCUGCUUACAUUUAAAGGGUGAUCUAUUAACUCGGUAGCGUAUGGAAAGGCCCCCGUGCGUCGAGUUGUUCCGUCAUCGGGCCGAUUUAAUGAUUCUUUGAUAGGCAAAUGGGGUUUCUGUGUAACAUCGCUAUAGUUGGUAUGCGAGGCAGCAAAUUGGCUCAGCUCAGCUCACCCGAUGCUGUUCCUAAAACAUCGGGUUUACCUUCCAUUCUCAGAGUUUCAGAGACUCUUUGGGGGUUCUCUUGCGGGUAGAUUCACAUAGUAAAGUCAAGACUGGGCAGUGCUGGGCAGUCCCUGUAAAUUAGAACACAUUAGGAAAAAGGUUAAGUCGGCCUCAAAUCACCCUGAGAUCAGGAUAUGCAAAGAUGUUGGGAAGCGGAAGACACCGGUCUGGGAUGGCUUGCUUCAAUCCGCAAACCUAUUCUUAGCUGGAAUUACACCGGUGUUAACAAAAUGAUAAGGUGGCAUCG